AUGGGCGAGGUAUCUGAAACAACAACAACCAUGACGACGACAACAACCACCAAGAGGAAGAAGAAGGGUCGUCCUUCUCUUUUGGAUCUUCAAAAACGAUCUCUCAAAAAACAACAAAAACAUCACCAAAACCCCAAUUCAAUUCAUUCCAAUUCCAUCAACGAUGAAGAUGAACGCAUACUCAAGAAACAAAAACUCUUACAAGCUUUUAAUUCCAAUCUCCAAAACCAUAACCCUCCCGCAUUAUUCCCCAAUUCCAAUUCCGAUCCCCUAAUUCACCCUAUCGGAUCAGAUCAUCAUAACGAUGGAAAGGUUCGGAAAGCGACUGACAGUAAACAUGGUUCGCAGGUUGUGUCCGGUCCCACUACACCUUUGCCAGACAAAAAGCUCUUGCUGUUUAUCCUUGACAGACUUCAAAAGAAGGACACACAUGGGGUUUUCUCUGAGCCGGUGGAUCCAGAAGAGCUCCCUGAUUAUCAUGAUAUCGUUAAGCACCCUAUGGAUUUUGGAACUAUAAGAAAGAAAUUGGACGAGGGGUUGUAUAUCUGCCUUGAACAGUUUGAGUUUUUGGUAUUUAUGAACAAUUGCCAUAUUUCACCAGCCAAGCAAACACACUUACUUCCCUCCCUUAUUUGGUUGCUUCUUAAUGACGUGUUCUUGGUAUGCUCUAAUGCAAUGCAAUACAAUUCAUCAGACACUAUUUACUAUCGGCAGGCUCGAGCCAUGCAAGAGAUAGCAAAGAAGGAUUUUGAGAAUCUAAGACAAGAUAGUGACGAUGAGGAUGAAGACGAUGAUGAUAGUGAACCACCACCACCCAAAAUUGUGCAGAGGGGAAGGCCACCGGGCAAACACACGAAAAAGUCAUUGGGCACGUCUCCGUCUGAGCUUGUUGUUCCCGAAUCUUUCUCGGAUGCAACUCUUGCUUCAGUUGGGGAUAUUGCUAGUGGUUCCAAUGGUUAUAAUCUCAGAAAAGUAGUAAGCAAAUUUCAGCCUACAGAUGCAUCAGCCAGGUCUUACCACAAUAACAGUGGAGGUUACACAAAUUUGACAUCUGAAUGGGAGAAUGAAUUUCCACCUUCUGUUGUAAAAGCUGUGUUAAGGUAUGGAAAGAAGCAGUUCACAGUUGACGAGACCAGGCGUGACACUUACAGAAAUCCAGUUCCUGUAGGAAAUGAACCACCGGUAUUGACUGCAUUUGAAGAUAAUUUCAAGCAGCUUCUUUCAGUCGGUUUACAUGUGAAGCACAGCUAUGCAAGAAGCCUAGCCAAUUUUGCUGCAAACCUUGGUCCCGUUGCUUGGAAAGUUGCUGCUAGGAAAAUCAGCAGUGUUUUGCCCCCAGGACAUGAAUUUGGUCCUGGAUGGGUAUCCGACGAUGAUGUGCCACAAAGGCAACACUCUGCGGUUCGUGAUGAGAGAAAUUCGGACACUCCUGUACAAGAGGAUUAUAGAAGUAGAUUUUCUUCUCCAUCAAGAAUGUUCUCUCUUGCAAAUGCAUCACCAUUGCAAAGUGGAGAUAUGGUAAUGAACAGAGAAUUCAGUUACCAAAACGAAAUGAAUCCAAGCAGCAGUGUUAGUGGCGGGAAUGAAUCCAUGAUUCAUGGGAUGAUUCAGCAGGAACCCAUGGUGCAGUCUGAUGAUUUUGGUUCAAAUGGACGAUUAGGCUCUAAUUUUUCACCUCAAAUGAAGAUGGUAAGACUUGCUGACAUAACCGGCUCUUCAAAUGCCGGUAAUGCUCCUCAAAUGUUAGACAUGGAUACCAUACACAACUUGUCCAGUCAAACUGCUCCUACAAAUGUUAAUCCGACAGCUCUCAAGGCCCAAUUCUUCAACAACUCAAGUCAAUCAGAUUCCAGCAAUUUAUCAGGUCUGGAAUCUGGAUUUGAGUCACAAAGAUCGUCUCAGGGGCUAGCCGGAAAUUCGUCUUGGCAAGGAUCAGAAGCUCCUACUAAGCAACAGAGUUCUUUUUCACAUGCUAGUGACUUGAAUGGGAUGAUUGAGGCAACAAAUUCACGGAGCUCCAAUGUCGAAACUGGUCCUCAGCUGCAGCCAAAUCUUGCAUUGCAGCUCUGA